UGGUACACCUUUUAUAGUCGAGUCUCCACGCUUAGCUGAUACACUUCAGUUCUUGUCCAGCAAGGAAGCAAAUAGCCAAAAUGAUUCCUGGGGGCUUGACAGAGGCCAGACCUGCCACUCCAGAAAUCCAGGAGAUCGCUAAUCAGGUUAAACAACAACUUGAAGAAAAAACAAAUGAGACUUAUGAGGAAUUUGAAGCUGUAGAGUAUAAAAGUCAAGUUGUUGCUGGAACUAUUUUCUACAUUAAGAUGCGAGUAGGUGAUGGGCGUUAUACUCACAUAAAAGUACUCAGAAGUCUUCCUGGACAAAAUGAGGGUUUGAAACUUGUUGCUUAUCAGACUGAUAAAAGUAAGGAAGAUGAACUGACUGCCUUUAAUUGAACAUUCUACAAGUGGUCUGAUUUCUUUCAUUGGCUGCUGAUUAAUGAUCCUUGUUAAUA